UAAAAUUAAAAUUUAUUAUAAAAAAAAUAUAAUCAAAUAACUGCACUCUCCCCUCACUAUCUCAAUUAUAUUUUUCCUACGUAAAAAAUAAACUGAUCGAACGCCAUGGAUUUUUCCGCCGGUACUGUCUUACCAGAAACCCACAUCGACGUCGAUUUCGCCGGGAACCACCGCCGACCAUCAGUUUCAGAUCCGACAACCCGACCGGAAGCCCCUCUACUCCCCCCGCCAAGUUGCGUUAGAUCAUCGAAACCCGACGAGUUUCGACACUUUCACUUAUGUUUGAAAUGGUGCGCGUUAGACCACUCCACAUUCGCUGGGAAAUUCAUAUCCUACGUUUUUUUCGUGCUCUUCACCUUCAUCGUCCCCGCUCUCACCGCCGUCUCCGUCAGGCAGCGGCAGGUCGCUGAAGGCGGCGACUCCAUGGUCAUAUCUUUCAACACGCUUGUCCAGGUCCCCGAAUCAGGCCUCACCAUCAUCGCAUUCCUCACUCUUUCGCGGUUCUUCAAUCGGUACGGCAUCCGGCAACUACUCUUCCUCGACUGCCUCGGCGAAGACGCCAUCGAUAUUCGACGGAAAUACGUCGGCGAACUUGACCGCGCCUUCCGCUGCCUGGGCGGAAUCCUUCUGCCAUCGUUCCUAGUGGAGCUGGCACACAAGAUCGUGCUAUUCUCAUCCGUGGAGAUAUCACCGCCUUUCGGAUCAGUGAUGGUGAAGUCGGGGGGCGCCGUUUCAUUGAACUCGGUGGCAUUCGUGGCGGUGCUGGCGUCGUGGGUGUACAGGAGCGGAGUGUUCUUGCUGGUGUGCGUGAUGUUCCGGCUGACUUGCGAACUCCAAAUCCUUCGGUUCGAAGGGUUCCAGAAUCUUCUAGAAGGGUGCAAGUCGAAUAGUGGAGUGAUAUUCCGGGAGCACGUACGGAUCAGAAAACAGUUGUGGGUUACGAGCCAUAGGUACCGUUUCUUCAUAAUUGGGUGCCUUGUUACCAUUACUGUUAGCCAAUUGGGAGCCUUGUUGCUCGUUUUAGCUUCCAAGACCCAGAAGACCUUCCUCAACUCUGGUGAUCUUGUGGUAUGUUCGGCAAUGGAGAUUAGUGGAUUCUUCUUGUGUUUAGUCGGGGCAGCGAGAAUCACGCACAGAGCUCAAAGGAUAGUGUCCAUAGCAACGAGAUGGCACGUGCUUGUCACAUGCGCAUCAGCUGGGCCGGACCCGUCCAAAGCCCAUUUCCUGGAAGCCGACAGGGAUGAUCAGCAGCAGUGUGGCGAGAGUGACUCUGAUUCCUCCGACACUUUUGUCUCCGUUUCGCCACACGACUCUUCCUCCUUCCAAACUAGACAGGCUUUAGUGGCAUAUUUGCAACACAACAAUGGAGGAAUUACUCUGUUUGGAUUUGCGCUAGAUCGAGGGAUGCUCCACACAUUGUUCGCGUUCGAGUUCUCUCUCGUACUGUGGAUUCUUAGUAAAGUGGUGGUUUUGUCUUAAUCAAAUAAUUCUAAUUUAGUUAUUUCUGCUCUGUGAGAGUACUGGGCUACACUAUAUAUGAAGCCUAAUAAAACACGUUGCUUGCUAUUUAGAGUUUGGGUGUAGUUGCUACUUACUACUCCCUAUUUCAAGGAUACCAAUUUAUUAUUCUACAUCUAUUUUUCAAAGAAAUUUUUGGAAUUUGGCUAAACUAAUAUAAAUACACACGAAAAUUAUUCAUUA